AUGUUGCUUCUGCUUCUACUGAAGAAGCUAAUGCUCUAUUCACAUGGAAAGCCACCCAGCAAAGUGCGAACGAUUCCUUCAUGGGUCCUUCCACCCCAUGAUAGUGGCUCAACAAAUGCAAGUCCUUGCAAUUGGUUUGGAGUUUCUUGCAACCUUGAUGGAAGCAUCAUUAGAUUGAACCUUACAAGUUCAAGUGUAAAUGGUACGCUCGACAACUUUUCAUUUUCAUUGUUUUCCAAUCUUGCAUAUAUUGAGCUUAGCAUCAAUAAAUUCUUUGGUGUCAUCCCACCUCUAAUUGGUUUCCUCUCCAAACUCAUCUAUCUUGAUUUGUCCACCAACCAGUUCUCAGGAAGCAUCCAACCAAAAAUCGGCCUGCUAACAAAUCUUGAAACUCUCCACUUGUUCAAUAAUAACUUAAAUGGCUCAAUUCCUCCAGAGAUAGGCCAGUUAAAGUCUCUAAUUGAGCUUGCUUUGUACACCAAUAGUCUUUCCAGUCCCAUUCCUACUUCUUUAACCAAUUUGAGAAACUUGACUCGUCUAUAUCUCUACGGAAAUGAUCUUUCUGGUUUUAUUCCUCCCGAAAUGGGAAACCUAGUCAAUCUUGUUGAGCUCUACAUGGAUGGCAACAAUCUCCCAAGGACUAUUCCUUCCACAUUGGGAAACUUGAGUAACCUAAUUAUGUUGCAAUCGUUCAACAAUUCCCAAUCUGGUUCCAUUCCCCAAGGGAUAGGACAGUUAAAAUCACUACAAGGCCUAACCUUUCAGACCAACAAUCUUACUGGCUCAAUCCCAACAUCUUUAGCUUCUUUAGGUGAUUUUACCAAUUUAGAAAUUCUAAACCUCAGUUCCAACCGACUAUCCAGCCGCAUUCCACAGGAAUUUGGCAAUUUGAAAAAAUUGAUUGAGCUAUUAAUGGAUGAAAGUCAAUUUUCUGGGAAUCUCCCAGAGCUUUGCCAAGGUGGUAAACUUCAAUACUUCGCAAUACACCACAAUCAGCUCACAGGUAAAAUCCCUAAAAGUCUGAGAAACUGCUUGAGCUUAGCCACAGCCCGCUUUGAGAGCCUGGAGAAAUUGAACCUCUCCCACAAUAAACUCUCUGGUCUCAUUCCAAAGAGUUUUGAAGAUAUGCGUGGCAUGGCGUAUGUUGAUAUAUCAUACAAUGAGUUACAAGGUCCUAUUCCCAUGAGCAACGCUUUCAUGAAUGCAUCAAUAGAAGCACUGCAAGGGAACAAAGAUCUGUGUGGAAAUGUCACAAGCUUGUAG